AAAUCGGGGUGCACUAAAAAACUUAAAAAUUGUAAUUUUUGCAAUGUUGAAACGAAAACUGGAAAAGAAAAAAGCGGCAGCCCUUGACCUGAAGAAGUUAAAAACAAUUCAGCCUGAUGCAUUAACUUCAGGACUGUUUGUCCAACCAUUUUGGAUGCAGUUUUAUAAAAUUGAAUGCCAAUUGAAUGAGCAACUGGCUACGCUUGGACUGCCCACGGGCAUUACAUGUACUUACAAUCCAGUCGAGUAUGCGUCGUCGUUGCAUUGUGCCUAUUUAAGUCGUUAUUUAUGUGGACCCAAGCGUGUCAUAUUUAUAGGCAUGAACCCUGGGCCAAACGGCAUGGGCCAGACAGGCGUACCUUUUGGAAACGUACGCACCGUGCGCGACAUGAUGCAUCUCUCUGGCGAGGUGCUGCAGCCGUCUGUGCUGCAUCGUAAACGUCCUGUAAAUGGAUUAAAUUGCAAGAUUGAGGAGCCGAGCGGUGUGCGGUUGUGGGAGCUGUUUGAGCGUUUGGCUGCCGGCAGUCUAGAUACCCUUUCGCAACAAUGCUUUGUCCACAACUUUUGCCCCCUGGCAUUCUUCGAUGAAGAGGGUCACAACAUAACACCAAGCGAACUGAAAGGCCAAUUAAAGCAGCAGAUUCGAGACAUGUGCUUGGAUGCAUUAGAGAAGCAGCUGCAACUGUUGCAGCCGCAAUUUGUGGUGGCAGUAGGAGAGUAUGUUCACAAGGUGCUGAACAGAUCGUCGUAUUGUAAAACAGUUUCUGUGAGCCGCUUACCACAUCCAAGUCCGCGCUCGCUUCACAAUACUAACUGGUCAGAAAAGGCUCAGGCUUUUUUGGAGGAGCAGGAUCUUAUCAAGUUUAUGCGCAAUGAGGCGCAAGGUAAUUCUUAUUGAUUAAGUUAAACAAACAACUAUAAAAAU